AUGCAAAACGUCGAUAGUUUCUUAGUACAAACAGUGUUAGAAGAUAUAAGCAAGUUUAGUGGCGAUAAGAAUGAAGAUGUCAACAAUUGGCUAGUAAUCAAUCAAAAGUUCGAUGCUUGUGAAUUAACUGGUCCUCACCGUCAAAAAUGGGCAAUUGCUUUCCUGUCUGACGAUGCUUUGAAGUGGCACACUCGUAACGCAGUGAAAUUUGAAACAUGGAAUGAUUUUCAGACAGCAUUAAAAGACAAUUUUCCACCUCCACCUGCACCCUCAUCAUCUAUUAUAUUUCACCAACUCCUAUCUCGCAAACAAGGUAAUACAGAAUUAUUUAAUUGCUAUUAUGCUGAUAUCAUUAAACUUUGUCAUCGAUAUGAUCCAUUAAUGUCUGAUGAUACACGGUGUGAUAUCCUCAAAUCAGGAAUGAAUAAAAUGUUACUCGAUAAGUGUUGUGGAAAAGGAUUUACUUCUACUCAUGAAUUACGUGAAUUUAUUGAACGAUUCGAACAAGAUCAACAAUUCAUCCGUCGUCAUCUCCCACCACCACCGUCAUCAUCACUUAAACCUUCCAGUUUACGUCCUCUAUUCACUACACUAAAUCCGCGUGCCUUGAAUACUCUACAUUCACAACCAAGAACACCGCUAUUUCGACCUCGUCCUCCGCUGCGGUCUUGUUUCAAUUGUGGUGAUUCAAGACAUCUUAUACGAACCUGUCCAACAAAACGUCAACGAACAACAGUUACAUGUAAUCCUUCACUCAUUUUUAUCAAUGUCUAUGUCAAUAAUCGAAAAAUCCGCGCGUUGUUAGAAUCGGGUGCUAGUCACUCAUUUGUUACUCGGGCUGCUCUAUCCAAGGUUCGUCACGGUCCACUCCUACCGUCUACAAACGUCGCACAUCUAGCUGAUAGUUCGGGCCCACUUCAUGUAUCAGAUGAACUAAAAAAUAUUUUUAUUAAAAAUAACGAAGAGGAUUCCAAUCGUUCGACCGUACAACAUCAACACAGUUUAUUUGAUCAAUUACCAACUGAAUUAUUUUAUUUAUUAUUUAAUUAUCUUUGGGCUCAUGAAAUUCUCCAGACAUUUUCAAAUCUUAAUUAUCGAAUUAAGUCAAUAAUAAAAUCUUAUUCAAAUUAUCGAAUCAAUUUUGAAUCCAUUCGAAAAUCGACUUUUCAUCUUAUUUGUCGAUCUAUUCGACCUGACCAAGUCAUUUCAUUGAUACUUUCUGAUAAAAAUGAUACAAUUGGCCAAUCAAAAUUAUUUUUAUCUUAUUUUCAAAUUGAACAAUUCAUAAAUUUACGAUCAAUUUUAUUAUUAGAAAUUGAAACUGAAUCAUUAUAUAAAAUAAUACCUAAUUUAUCUAAACUGAAACAAUUACAUAGUGUUUCACUGGGCAAAUUUGAAGAAAAAGGAGAAUUCGUUUCAUUUAUACAUAAAAAAUCUCCACGAGAUAGGAGCAUUUCUUCACUUUUAACAGAACCUUGUGCUGAAAUAUUUCCUCAAUUAAAAUAUUUAUACACGAUUAAUUUCGACAUAUUAACAUCCAUACACUUUCCUUGUUUACUUCACUUCAAAAUGAUUACACUUUCAUCACACGAUGUUAGUGAGAUUCUUCAACAUGCUCCACAACUGAAAUCUCUUACUCUAUUUCCUGCUCAAUUGGAUGAUUCUCAUGAAAUUUCACCUUGUUAUUCACUACGAAACCUUACUCUAAUACUUAACUAUAUAUUUUAUAGCAUGGAUGACGUCGAAAAAUUCUUUCAAUGGUUAGAAAAAUUCUUACAAAACUUUCCAAAUUUAAUUCAUUUUGAAAUAAAACAUGUACGUGGAUGUGCUAAUCAUAGUUUAAUUGAUGGAUGUCGAUGGCAAAAAAUUGCACAAUCAUUUUCAACAUUUAAUUUCAAAUUUAUUAUAUCACAAAAAGCAAAUGAACAAGAUUUACAUUCAUUUCAAACACCAUUUUGGAUUGAAAGAGAUUUAAAUUCAUUUCGAACACCAUUUUGGAUUGAAGAAAAACGUUGGUUUGUUGCUUAUCAUGAUCAUUGCUUAUUUACUAUUUCUGAUUUUGAUUUAUCAAAUACAAUAAUAUGUUCGAAUUCAUUUAUCUAUUCAACAAUACCAAAUAAUUCGAUUCUCUAUCGACCUAAAGAUACGACCUUUCAAAGAGAAGAUCCUCUCAACAAUAACUUUCGAUUUACUUCAGUUAAAAAUCUUAAACUUAAUUGGAAAGCUUCAGUCGAGAUUUUAUUAUCAUUUAUUGAUUUAAAUCAAAUUGAAUAUUUAAGAACAACAAUACAUAAAGAAAUACAAUGGAAACAAAUUCGUGCAUUAGAAUUAUCAACUUCAAGUCGACCUAAAAAUAAAUUCAAACGAUUAACAAGCAUAUCAUUUAGUACUCAUGAUGCAUCAGAAGCUACAUUAAGAUCUUCAGAACUUGAUGCAGAUUUAAUUGUUCAUAAUAUCGAACAAUAUUUUCAUUGUACAGUAACAUGUCGAAUUGAAUUAUAUAAUGCGUUACCUUAUUGUAUUCAUUUAUGGCUUGGUGAUCGAAAUGAUCAACGACAACCACGAUUUGGAUAUUUAUGGUACAAGACGAAAACGCUAUUUCAAUGA